GUGUUGUCUAUCAGUUCAGUCAGCAGAACCAAAUAGCAGGUCGUCUUUCGAGACGCUUUGAUUUUAUUGAUCCUACUAUGUAACAGUUGUAUUCUUAGUUAUCGUUACCUUUUAAUUUUUAAUAAUUGUAUCAGGAAAGACCACAUGCAGUACAUAUCUGAAGUGGCUAUAUCAAUUAGGUAAUCAAUUUCAGAAUUGGUACGUAGCAUUCAACUGCUCAGUUAUAGUCGCGAGUUGUAACGAGAUACGCCGGGCGCAAUGGCUGGCCAGAAAAAAGGAAGCAAGCAGCCUUUGUUGCAAUCUGAAACCCAGGAUGGCGAUCAUAAUCUACAUCAAAUCGAUUCCCAGUUUGGCAUGUUGGGAGUAUUUCUAAUUCUGCUUUGUGGUACUGUAUCGAGUUACCUGUUCACUAAUCUGCCCAACGCAUUGACACGAGCUGAUUUAGAGAGCUAUCCUGGCACUUUUAUUGCUGAACGAGCGUGGGAUAAUUUGAAAGUGCUGAAUGAUAUUGGCCCAAAACCAACCGGAAGUGAUGCAAACGAGAAUCUAACAGUAAGCUAUCUUAAACGUGAGAUUGAACUGAUACAGGCUAGCAAAUACAGAGAUCAACUUUUGGUUACCGAGCAUCAGGUUGUUACUGGAGGCUAUCCUAUCGACAAGCUUACAAGUCUUUAUAGGAAUGUUCAAAACCUGGUCGUGAAGUUGGCGGGCGAAAAUGAUAACUCCACAAGCCCUGCCUUACUGCUGAAUUGUCAUUUUGAUACGGUGCCAAGUAGUCCAGGAGCCAGCGAUGAUGGGGCAAGUUGUUGUGUGAUGCUUGAAAUUAUGAGAGUGCUGUCGAGAGAACCGAAACGCAAUCGACAUUCCAUCAUCUUUUUAUUCAACGGUGCCGAGGAAACGCCAUUGCAGGCAGCACAUGGAUUUAUUACGCAACACAAGUGGGCUAAGCAGGUCACGGCAUUCUUGAACUUGGAAUCGGCUGGAUCCGGUGGAAAGGAAGUCCUUUUUCAAAGUGGUCCCCAACAUCCGUGGAUGAUCGAUGUGUACGCCCGUUCUAUAAGGCAUCCAUUUGCCCAAACGGCUGGGGAGGAGAUUUUCCAGUCGGGUCAAAUCCCAUCCGAUACAGAUUUUAGAAUAUUUCGUGAUUUUGGAAACAUUCCUGGGAUGGAUUUCGCCCAUAUGAUUGAUGGAUACCGAUAUCAUACAAAGUAUGACAAUAUGGACUAUUUAUCCCUCCCAGUUCUGCAGCGUACGGGCGAUAACAUCUUGUCCCUGACCAGAGAAAUGGCAAACAGCGACGAGCUAGAGCAGGCAGCAUUGGGGCAGAAUAAGGUCGGCUAUAGCAUUUUCUACGAUUUUAUGGGUCUAUUAUUUGUAUGCUACUCGGCUGAUACUGCCAUAACAAUCAAUACUCUGGUUGCGAUUCUGGCUAUCAUCAUGCCAUACUAUGGACUCAGGCGAUCUGUGAGGGCGCUAGGAGAAGGAUCCAUAAUAAAGGAAAUCAUUUACGGAUUUGUAGCUACUGUAGUUGGCACUAUCGGAAGCAUUUUAACGUGCCUUAUCAUUGGUCGACAGUUAGAUGCUAUGGGACGAGCCUUAUCGUGGUACUCAACGCCGUUCUUAGUGCUGGGGCUGUACUGUUGCCCGGCUUUGCUGUGUCAUUGUUUCUCGCAGAUGGCUAUAAAUCGGUUAUUCUUCGAUAAAAAGUCUGUGCUGAACUUGUCGCAAAUGGUGCAAUCCCGUAUGAUUGGCGUUAGCUUUUUCUGGGCGUUCCUGGUAGUUCCGUUAACAUUCUUUGGCAUUCGAACGACUUACGUUUUGAUUAUUCUCCUAUUCUCACUAAUGUCAUCAGCCGUAACGACUGCUUUGAGUUGGCAGAAUACAACCAGAAAAUGGCUCUUGGUACAUUUAGCUUUCCAACUGCUGACAAUGCUUUGGGCAACGCAGUACUACCACAUGUUCAUGAAACUGUUCAUUCCAAUAUCCGGUCGCAGUGGAGGACACAAGAACCCGGAGUACACGGUUGGUUCAAUUGCUGCUCUGAUGACACUGUUGGCUACUAGCUACAUGAUGCCUUUGGUGGGACUGCUAAAACGAGCCUCGGAGUUGACCGCAAAAUUGACUGUGUUCAUCUUACUUGCUGUACUGCUGGCGUGCUUCACCCAGGUUGGAUUUCCGUACCGAGAUGACAGCGCACACGCUCCUACUGUUCAGCGCCAUUACGUUACGCACGUAAUGCGUUCGUACUACGAUGACCUGGGCAAUUCUAGGGGAAACGAUUCCGGAUUCUUAUUCCGAGAAAUGGAUCGUAACUCGGUCCGAAUGAUUCGGGGCAUUGCUAAUCCAGAGAAAGUUACACCAGUGCUAGCUCUGGACACGUGUGAAAAGGAAAUUUUCUGCGGCAUUCCAUUUUACUCUCUGUUUCAUCAGAGACGAUUCGACAAUUAUUGGUUACCUGGACCCGCACCCGUCGCGGAUAAGGUAGUGACAAUAAGAAAGACCAAACAGGAACAAAUCGGCGAGCACGUCCGGCGGUUGACGUUCGUUCUAGAAGGAAGUAUUCAGUCGUCGAUAAUCAUUGGGGCUAAGCCAGGUGUGAAGCUAGUGGGUUGGAACCUACUUGAAAAAUUGACCCCUGCAACAGAGUUCAACAAUCAACAAGCGCAUUUCGUGCUUGUAACCCACGGUCUACCCGGUGAGCCAUGGGAAGUGACUCUAGAUUUUGAACACGAAGACAAAAACCACAAAGGGUUGUUGGUUGAUAUUGCAGUCGUAACUACGCAUUGGGAGGCGCACCGCAUGCACACGAAGGAAUUCACGGAUCUGUUGAAUAAGUUUCCCUCGUGGGCACACGUUGUCCCAUCGGUUGCAGUUAUGAACAUUCACGUAUUUUAAAUAAUGAAGAUGCGUUUAUUUAAA